AUCAGUAGGAUUUAAACGCAGAUGAUCUAUAUCAAACUUUAACUAAAUUUAAAAAGAAUUAUUUUGAUUGGAAGUCUCACGUCUCGGACCCUCGAUCCCCGAGACUUUGCACACUUAGCAACCAAGGCUUAUGACAUAUCGAUCCUUUAUCUGUUAAUACGUUGAAUAGCGAAGAUUGAUCGUCUUGGUGGCGAUAUCUUGGGAUUAUAACUUGUAUGAAACACCUUUAUGAAACAUACCUGACAUAUUCCACAGGUCAAAGCCAUGCCGUCCAGUUCAGCCUCAGAGAAAGGUCGUGAGAACAAAAUUUACCGCACCCCUCCCACCCCACCCCCGGACGCUCUUUUAGAGAAGGAGAAAGGGUUUGUUUUGGACUGUGGCGCCGUCAGUAGUAUUUCCACCGAUUACUCUAAGACCAACCCCAAACUGGGACCUGUAAUUCCCCCCUAUAACUCGCAGAAAGACAAGCAUGUGGACGAGUACUUCGAAUUUAUUGGAGUAAACGAGACACUUGAGAAAACUGCUCAGAACGAGGGUGGUACUUCAAUCGAGGGACCAGUAGCCGACUAUUUCCACGAAAAGGGGACGGGAUUCCAGUACCUUUCACUCAGGAACCAAUUUGGUGCUGGUCAUUCCGGGGAAACUACGGACGGACACGCUCAGUUCAUGCAAGGAGUCCAGCCAGUGAUUGGUUACAACGGAAAGUUCGGGUAUCGCCGUAACACUCCGUGGCUUCGGCAAAAACCGUCACCUUUUGGAACGGGUAGUAGAUCAGCUACCCAUUGAUUGCGGCCUUUAUAAUGAAAUUCUGUGAUAUAUACUUGUGAAUCUUGUGUAUAUAAAAGUCGUAUCAUUACUGCAUUACAAUGUUCGUGUACCUUAACGAAAAUCACAUUUCUUGUUGAAUGUAUUUGAAAUACUUGUGUUUGUUUGCGAUUUUUAUCAAAAGUAUUGUAGACAGUGUAAAAGUGAUAAACUCACUGCAAGUAUUUUGUGAAGCAUAAAACUCGUAAAUGUAAUGGAAUUGAACCGUUGUGAUGUUUAAUCACAAUAACAAUUUAAUCACCUUGACUUCUUAUUAUUAUUUACAUACAAAGUGUUAUAAAUUGAAUGCUGAAAACACAAUAUUCAUGCAGUUAUUAAUGGAGCUAAAUGUGUAUUA